AUGGUCAACCGCGGACGCUCCGGAGGCUGCCUGACUUGUAAGCAACGCCGCGUUAAAUGCGACGAAACGAAACCCGAGUGCCAAGCGUGCCACCGCCUCAAGCUUCGCUGUGGGGGCUAUCGGGCCAAAAAUACGCUGAAGUUCAAAGACCAGAACCACAAGUUCUGCAACCAAGAUGUCGGUUGUCGCAGCCGGAACAUCGUUGAAUAUGCCGUUUCAGGCCGGUUGUCUGAGUCAAAUCCUCAAGAGCAGAAGGUCAUGGGGCCUUUGACUUCACGGCUUUCUGAACCCGACACUGCCGUGUCAUUCUACCUCAGCCAUUAUGCCAGCAUGGGCCGCGAUAUGGAAUCCACGCGUGGGUUCUUUGAGUUAAUUAUACCAGCCUAUCGGGCGGAACGAGAAGACUCGGUGCUUUCGCUUGCCGUUUCGGCUUUGGCUUCAGAGAUCUUGUCCUUGUGGCGACAGGACCCCAGCAGUUUCCGAUCACCUCGAAAGUCAUAUUCCCGGGCAAUCACACGCCUUCGCAGUGCAAUACAAGAUCCCAUAGAGCGUAGGAAGCCGGCAACUAUAUUAGCCGUGCUGGUGUUGCAGACGUACGAAAAUGCGUCUGCGAUAUACGAUCUUCGCCGGGUUUCAAGUACACACCACAACGGCGCAGCAUCUUUGCUCUCCUCUUUGAAUCCACACGACAUGAACAAGAUAACGCGCGCCUACCUGCAGAAGUUUAUGCUUCAUACGGAGGUCUCAACCGCGAUCCGUCAAAAAAAGCCACUGAAUAGCAUCGUGUACUCAUGGUUUGAGAGUAAAGAAUCGACGGCUGUACCACAAAACCCAAGCUCAAUACUCGAUGCCUUGGGGGCAUCUGUGGCUGAACUGCAGGCCAGAUACUCGCAAUUUGUGCAGCAGGGUGGCCUCUCGAUGACGUCGUUGGGGCCCUUUAUGAAAGAGUGGACAGCUGAUGCCAAGCGAGUUGAUGCAGAGCUUCUGGGAUGGUCAGAAAACGUACCGCAUCAUUGGAGACCCUUGAGGCUGAGAAGUGGUCGAGAUAUUGAUUCUUCCAUACCAACCUACCAGUCUGUCUGCGACGUGUAUCCUUCCUGUCAAAUUGCCAGCAUUUGGAAUCUAUGGCGGUUCCAACGCAUUCUGCUAGCAAAGAUCAAGCUCAGCUCCAUUGAUGUAUGUUCAGGCAACGGCUGCACUGGUUUCGCCCACGGACAUGUUCUCUAUGACCAUGCAGAUCUCGUCGACUGCCAACAAACACUCCAAGAAAUGGUCGAUAGCGUGUGCUAUAGCAUACCAUUUUACCUCGGCAACCGAAACACGCGAUCGAAUCUAUCUGAUUUCACCGAUCCAAUGACCCUGCUUCCAAGUCAGUACUCAUUGAAAGAGAGGACACGGUUGGACAAUAAUGGGCUCGAGUCGUGUCUGUCAAAGGACGACCAUAGGCGUCAUGUCAUCGCGCAAGGGCCGUGGCGCGCCAUGCAUCCCCUGAGUCACCUGUUGACUCUUUUCUCGGAAGAUUACAGCGAGCUGAUCACAAGGGUUCUGAGGUCCGGGCAGCAGGAGUGGGUCCGUGACCAGUUCCUGCGUGUUACCAAGUUGCUGCACCUUCCGUCAAGUUCAGGUAAUGACAUCGAGAGAUCAGAAUCAACGAAAAGUAAUCCGGAUGGUAAUGCUGAGUACCUGGCCAAGGGGGUUAGGAAAGGCGCAAUCCUUAUGAGUGGGCCGUAA